AUGGAGCCACGUAUCAUAUUUCAAACCCUAAGAAAGCAGUUCCCCGGCAGCCUGCAUGUUCAGAAAGACGUGCAAAAUGCGGUAGAAAAAAUUAGAGCGACACUAAUGGACGGAAAGACUCCUAUGCAGGCACUGGAAAGCCUGCUGCAUGACCACCGAUUCAUUUACGACACCCGACAGGAACCCAAAACAGAUGUCGUAACAGAGAUUUUCUUUGUUCAUCCUUAUUCAAUCACUAUGUGGCGUGCAUUCCCGCACGUGAUGUUGAUCGACGCGACCUACAAAACAAACCUCUACAACAUGCCAUUUGUCCAGGUUGUGGGUAUGACGUCGACUGGGAUGUCUUUUUGUAUCGCACUUGCCGUUAUUUGUAAAGAACGAAGGGGUAACUACAUGUGGGUGCUUGAGCGGAUCAAGUCAAUCUUGCAUGAAUGUAUGAUGCCGCGUGUGAUAGUCACGGAUAGGGAGCUUGCCCUAAUUAACACGUGUUCUAAAGUAUUCCCGAACGCAACCAGGCUUCUAUGCCACUUUCACAUCGAACAAAAUAUAGUUAGACAGUGCAAGAAGGGGUUCAAUAAAGAAGAUUGGGGGAAAUUUAUGUCGUACUGGCGGAGAGUGUGCGAAUCUACUUCAGAGCCCAUGUACAAGUACAACUUGGAGAAAAUGUAUAACCGACUCGUGGUUGCCAACCGAGAAAGUGUUUAUGAUUACGUCUACGAAAACUGGCUCAAAGACUAUAAAGAAAUGUUCGUUUAUGCGUGGACCGAUAAGUGUCGCAACUUUGGGCGUAUGAUAGAACUCGACGACAUAGAUGUAUUCUGGCGUAAGCUUGACUUGCUCCCGUGUAAACUGGUAGACGAGGAAGUCGAUAUUGUAGCAGAGCUCAAUAAUGUGCGGCAACAUUUAGAGGCGCAGUCCCCCGUUCAGCAAAAGAGUAUGCUUUCAAAGAUAAAAGCGGUCUUCACCCCGAAAUCGUCAACCAAGAAACCACCGAUCGUCCAGCAAAAUACUCGCGGUCGGCCUACAUCAAAGAAAGUACAAGAAAGGCUAGAUGAAGCUGCGAGGUUAGACGAAGCUGCGAGAUACAGCUCCUAUGGUGAGGACAACAACGUAUAUACCGCUUCCCCCAAACAUAGUUCAACGAGUUCUAAAAAGAAGGAGACUUGGGAUGAUCAGGGUUUUCCAUUAAUGAAGGGGGACGAGCCCUUGUUAAGCAUUAAGAGGUUUAAGAAUCAAAUUCCAUCAGAGUUUCACUCUUACAUAUCGCGUAUACAAGAUGUGACCCCAGACGGUCAUUGUGGGUACAGGUCUGUGGCUGUCGGGUUAGGUUUUACGGAACACGUAUGGCCUCGUAUUCGAAGUGAUUUACUACUAGAGAUUGACCAUAACAAGCCGCGUUGGAAGCAUGUAUUCGAAACAUAUAACAAAGGAGACUUUAAACGAAUACGUAACAGUAUUGAAUGGCAUUCAGUGAAAGGGUGCGAUCCAAGUCACUGGAUGGAAAUGCCCCACGUAGGGCUUCUCAUAGCGCAAAGGUAUAAUAUUGUCCUCCACGUGCUAAGCAUCGAAUGGAGCUCUACCAUCUUCCCAUUAACGGAUGCCCCACUAGAUCCACGACCUCAAGCGAUAACGCUCGUACAUGUUGACGGGGGACACUUCAUACAUGCUAAGUUGGAAGGAGACUACCCCAUGCCUUUAGUGACCCCGUUGUGGUCGACACAUCGAUCAAUAGCUGCGAAACGGUGGGAAGAAAUGUAUAGACCGCGGUUACAGCACUACAACGAGUUAACCAAUCCUAAAUCAGACUCAGACAAAGAAAGAGAACCGAGUAUAAAUGUUAUCGAAGAUUAA